AUGGAUCAAUCUAAUCAAUCUUUUCAUGGUGAUGGAGAUGAUGUUGUGUUAGACGAUGAUUAUGUCUUGAUUAAUCCUGGUUCAUCUUGUGAUGCUACUACCAUCGAUGAAACCCCUGAGAUAACUCAAGCAGAUUCUGCAGACAAAUUAUCACAAAAACCAAUCGGUCUUUCUGCUGAAACAAUAGGUGGGAUCCCAUCUACGGAACCUAGCAGUUCGAGUGAUUCCAUGCAGCAACAACAUCAAGCACCAUCAGAUCCCAAUCUGAAUGCGAACAACCCUUCAGUCAGUACGACACCUUUGGCAGAUGUUUCCAUACUCGAUAGGUUUGUGCAGAUCGAAAAGGCAGCAAUAUUGUACUCUUUAUAUAAGAAUUACACGGAUAAGCUUGCUGCGGAAUUUCUCUCUCUGAUGACACAAGAAGGAUCGCAACCACAACAAAAGCAAACAGUGUUCCAGCAACAGCAGCAACAACUGCAGAGGCAUCACCUGUUGAUGCAGCAAAAAAUCAGUCCAUCUCAGGUCUCCAACAUUACGGACGUAAUCAAUCUACAACUUCGUAAUGGAAGUAUUACUCAAGCUCAAGCUGAUGCGAUGGAAGCAAAACUCAAGAUGCUUCAGAAUCAAAUAAACACGUUAGGGGGAGCUCAAUCUGGAACUACAGGCAUGGCAGCAACAGGGUUGAUGUUAGAAGGGGAUCAAUCUGGAAUUACGGGCAUGGAAGCAACAGGGAAGAUGUUAGAUGGGGUUAAGUUUGGAAUUAGGGACAAGACAGGAACAGGUAAGAUGUUAGAGGGAGAUCAAUCUGGAGUUACAGGCCUGAGAGAAACAGGAAAGACGAUAGUGGGUGCUCAAUCUGGAGUUACAGGCCUGACAGCAACAGGGAAGAUGUUAGGAGGGGCUCAAUCUGGAGGUACGGGCAUGAUAGAAACAUGUCAGAUGCUCGGAAACAACAAGAGUUGCUACUUGAAUCAACGACAGCAACCACAAAAGAUGAUUUUAGAACAACGGAUUCAGCAGCUAAAGCAGCAGCAACAACAACAGCUAAAGCAGCAGGAGCAGCAAAUGAAACAACAACGACAACUUUUAUAUCUGCGGUCACAACAACUACGACAACAGCAAGAACAAACAGGAUUUCCAUUACAAGCAGUUGUUUCAUCUCCUCUUGUUGGUUCCCCAACUGCAAAUCAGUCGCGACUGUUGCAACAUAUGUCCUCACAGUUGCAGCAAUUUGGUCAACAGAAAAUUAUCCAACAAACUGACAAGAGCACUCAGUUGAGCUUAGGUUCGACGCCACAAGUAAAUGAUGUUGCUGCCAAUACUAUGUUCACUCCAUCCUUCCCAUAG